UUCUCGUCUCUGUUUCUGUCUGCCCGUAUCCUUUCGAUCUGUCCAAAACCCUAAUUUCCUGCUUCUAAGCCACGAUCUCCUGUUCACUGACUCCCCCGAUUGUUUGAAUUCCCGACUUAAAGGUCCGGAUUUUUACACAUUCAUUGUUCGAAUCAGCUACAUAGCUCCGACUAGUUUGCUUCAUUUCUUCGUUCUUGAGGGCAAUUCCCUCUUUGUUGAGGGAUUUACACUGUGAUUUUUAUUUGAAGGGUGAUAAGGCAGAGGUAGAGAGUGAUAUUUCUUGAGAUUGCGUGUGUGAGAAAGAGAAAGUGUUGGGUUUUUUUUUUUUUUGGAGCGGAUGAUGAGAUACGUACAAUGAACGAUGCCGGUACUGCGUAGCAGAGCGCGCAGGGGCCGGGCAGCAGCGAAGCAGCAGCAGCAGCCGAGUCCUAAUCCAAUCGAAGUGGAGGAGGCGAUUGCAACGAGGACGCGGCGAAGACGCGCGGCGGCGGCAGCAGCAAACAACAAAAACAACAACAAACAGCAGCUGCACCAGAGAGGGGUCGAUGAGAACGUAGUUCUCCUGGAGACGGAGAAGAAAGAUAAUCUAGGAUUGGAGGAAGGCGGUGGUGGGGCGGAGAAGGAGGGGGUAGGGGAGAAGCAGAUGGAUGAUCACGAUAGUGCGGGGAGGAGCAAUGACAAGGUGCAUGCCGGUGAAGACGAAGAAAGCACCCCUCCGCUUCCUGAGAAGGUUCAGGUUGGUGGUUCCCCAUUGUACAGAAUAGAGAGAAAGUUGGGCAAGGGUGGCUUUGGACAAGUGUAUGUUGGCCGCCGUGUUUCUGCUUUAAGUAAAAAUGAGAGAACUACUGGCCCUGGAGCUGUGGAGGUGGCCUUAAAAUUCGAGCAUGGUAGUAGCAAAGGAUGUAAUUAUGGACCGCCCCAUGAGUGGCAAGUGUACAACACUCUUGGUGGCAGUCAUGGAGUACCACGCGUACACUACAAGGGCCGACAGGGUGAAUAUUAUAUCAUGGUUAUGGAUAUGCUGGGUCCAAGCUUGUGGGAUGUUUGGAAUAAUAACUCUCAUACAAUGUCCGUUGAAAUGGUUGCAUGUAUUGCCAUUGAAGCAAUAUCAAUUUUGGAGAAGAUGCAUUCUCGAGGAUAUGUGCACGGGGAUGUGAAACCUGAAAAUUUUCUGCUUGGUCCUCCUGGGACUCCUGACGAGAAAAGGCUGUUCCUAGUCGAUCUUGGAUUAGCUACUAGAUGGAGAGAUAGUGGAACUGGCAUGCAUGUUGAAUAUGACCAGAGACCCGAUGUUUUCAGGGGAACAGUACGUUAUGCUAGUGUUCAUGCUCAUUUGGGGAGAACUGGCAGCAGGAGAGAUGAUCUAGAAUCUCUUGCGUAUCAACUUGUUUUCCUUCUUCGUGGUCGUCUGCCUUGGCAAGGAUACCAGGGAGAGAAUAAAGGGUUCCUUGUUUGCAAGAAGAAGAUGGUAACAUCUUCGGAGACCUUGUGUUGCUUCUGUCCACCGCCUUUCAGACAGUUUGUUGAACUAGUGGUGAACUUGAGGUUUGAUGAGGAACCCAAUUAUGCAAAAUAUAUUUCGUUGUUUGAUGGAAUUAUCUGUCCAAAUCUGGAUAUCAGGCCAAUCAACACAGAGGGUGCACAGAAGCUUAUUGGUCAUAAGAGAGCUCGAUUGGCUAUGGAGGAGGAAGAAGACGAUGGACAACCAAAGAAGAAGGUUCGUUUGGGCAUGCCAGCUACACAGUGGAUUAGUGUUUACAAUGCUCGUCGACCAAUGAAACAAAGGUAUCACUAUAAUGUAGCAGAUACAAAGCUUUCCCAGCACAUUGAAAAAGGAAAUGAAGAUGGCUUAUUUAUCAGCAGCGUGGCUUCAUCUCAGAACUUGUGGGCCCUAAUUAUGGAUGCUGGCACUGGUUUUAUUUCACAAGUUUAUGAAAUCUCACCAUUUUUUCUUCACAAGGAAUGGAUAAUGGAGCAGUGGGAGAAGAACUAUUAUAUUAGUGCGAUAGCUGGAGCGAUAAAUGGGAACUCCUUAGUAAUAAUGUCCAAGGGUACACCGUAUAUUCAGCAAUCUUACAAAGUUAGUGAUUCAUUUCCUUGCAAGUGGAUAAACAAAAAAUGGAGGGAGGGCUUCUAUGUUACUGCAAUGGGCACAGCUGGGAGCAGAUGGGGAGUCGUUAUGUCCCGUGGUGGUGCAGGAUUUUCUGACCAGGUCGUUGAACUAGACUUCCUUUACCCUAGUGAAGGUAUUCAUCGGCGAUGGAAUUAUGGAUAUCGAAUCACGGCUACUGCAGCAACUUUGGAUCAAGCUGCUUUUGUUCUAAGUAUUCCAAGAAGGACGCCUACAGAUGAAAUGCAGGAGACGCUUCGAACAUCUGCAUUUCCCAGUUCACAUGUAAAGGAGAAGUGGGCGAAGAAUCUCUAUGUUGCAUCCAUUUGUUAUGGACGCACAGUUUCGUGAUCUGCUAAUGUAGUUUAGGGCGCCAAAUGUGCUGAUAAUAGGUUGCUUGCUCUCUCAUUUCCAGGCUGAGAGAAAUUUUGAUGGUUAGGAAUUUAGUCAAAAUGUAAUUAAAGUGAAGAGACUAUAGAAACUCUUUUUUGUUUUUUGUGCUUCACAAAUUGUAUGGAAAUUCGGUGAUGUUGAUGUCAAUGCUAAAUUUAAGUCUUGAAAGAAACAA